CCCAAAACUCAUUCAAACCCCGCGGUUCUCCUCGCUGAGCUCGCCUUUGUGUGCCUCUGCCGCUUUGUCGAGCACCAGUUCGCUGAGAUAUCAGAGAAAAAGCUUCUUGAAAUGGACAUGAAGAAGAGGAUCCACCUGGAGCUCCGGAACCGGACGCCCUCAGACGUGAGGGAGCUGGUGCUGGAUAACUGUCGGUCAGACGAGGGGAAGAUCGAGGGCCUCACGGCGGACUUUGUGAAUCUGGAGUUCCUCAGUUUGAUAAACGUUGGCCUGACGUCCAUCGCUAACCUUCCCAAACUAGCCAAACUGAAGAAGCUGGAGUUGAGUGAUAACCGAAUCUCAGGAGGACUCGAGGUUUUGUCAGAGAAGCUCCCCAACCUCACACACCUCAACCUCAGCGGAAACAAACUCAAAGACCUGUCCACCCUUGAACAACUGAGAAAUUUAAAUCGUCUGAAGAGUCUUGACCUUUUCAACUGUGAGGUCACGACUCUGGACGACUACAGAGGAAGUGUGUUUAAGCUCCUCCCACAGAUCACUUACCUAGACGGCUAUGAUCCUGAGGACCGAGAGGUGUCUGACUCGGACGGAGAGGGAGGCGAGGAAGACGAGGAUGAAGUGAACUCGGAGGGAGAGGAAGAGGACGAUGAUGACGACGAAGACGGAGAAGAGGAGGAUUUUGAUGAAGACGAUGAUGAAGAUGCGGAGGAGGACGAUGUGAGUGGGGAUGAGGAGGAAGACUCUGGUCAGGAGGAUGAGGUGGACGAUGAGGAUGAUGACGAGGAGGACGAUGAGGAUGAAGACGAAGAGAACAAAGGAGAAAAGAGGAAAAGAGACCCCGAGGAUGAAGACGAGGAUGAGGACGAUGAAGAUUGAUCUCCGUCUGGUGUCCGCCCGUGUGUGUGAGCGUGUGAGAGGUGUGUGUGUGUGUGUCUCGGUGCCAGUGGCGUGGUUUAAUGCUUGCCAGUACAGAAUUCCCUGCGCUGUUAUUUUAAGGUCUGGACUCUUUUAUAAGCUUCUCCUCCCGUUUUAUACUCGUUUUCGGCUUCGCCGCUGUUGUAUUUUUUUUCUUACGUCAAAACCAAAUGAAUUUUUGUAAAUAAAAUCUUUUCUAUUA